AUGUAUAUAAUUGACAUCAAUGUUAUUCAACAUAUCUCCGUCUCUCCUGAGCGUAUCAAAGAGAUACAACUCCACACUGCUAAAGAUGAGACACUACAGGGUCUUCGUAAGACUAUUGUGGAAGGUUGGCCUGACCUCUUUAGUGAACUACCUCCCGUGGUAGGACGGUAUGCAUCCUUCAGAAGUGAACUUUCGUUUACGGAUGGUAUCAUUUUACGUGGAGACAGGAUCGUAGUUCCUCAGACUCUCCGUAAAAGAAUGCUAGAAAGACUCCAUAGCUCUCAUCUAGGUAUCACUGGCACCCGUCGACGAGCAGCUGAAUGUCUCUACUGGCCGAACAUGAGUAACGACAUAAAGGAAUUCAUUUCACAGUGUGAGACAUGCUGUAGCAUGGAAGUGGCAAAUACCAAGAUGCCACUCUCGCCCCAUGAUGUUCCAGACCGACCAUGGUCUAAGGUUGGUGUUGACCUUUUCACGCUCAACAACAUCAACUAUCUCAUUCUCGUUGACUACUUCUCUGGAUACUUUGAGGUUGAUGAACUGCGCCAAACACUUGCAAUCAAUGUCAUCCAGAGAAUGAAGUAUCAUUUUGCUCGAUACGGACUACCUGAGAUUGUCGUCUCGGACAACGGUCCCCAAUUCUCAUGUCUCGAGUUUCUGAACUUUGCAGAAGAGUAUGACUUCAGACAUCAGCCCAGUAGUCCGGGAAAUUCUCAAGCCAACGGAAAAGCUGAGGCUGCAGUAAAAACAGCAAAGACUAUCAUCAAAAAAGCUCUGGCGUCCGGAAGGGAUGUGUAUCUGGCACUUCUUGAUCUCAGGAACACACCGACCCAAGGACAGAACACAAGCCCUGUACAGCGUUGUCUUGGUCGCCGUACACGUACGCUUUUACCAAUGACAACCACCCUACUCCGACCAGAAGGCAUACAGACUGAUGAUAUUCACCGUAAGAUCUUGCAGAGACAGGAAACACAGAAAAGCUAUUUCGACAGAAAAUCAAAGGCCCUCAAGCCUCUCGAGGAAGGUGAUGUUGUUCGUCUUCAACCAUUCGUCAACCGUAAAGCCCCUUGGGCUAAAGGUCAAGUCAUCCGUCGUCUAGAUGAUCGCUCCUAUGAAGUCAGUUCUGGAGACCGCAUAUACCGACGCAAUCGAGUACACCUUAAGGGGAUGAAGGACCUUUAG